AUGUCUCCCAUCCCGGAUCGGGUACAUGCUUCGACGUCCCUCAUUCCUUUCCUUGACGGCGACUGUAGAGAGCUUUCUCUCUCCAUCCCAAAGCACAUCACAUCUUGACAAUAGGAAUGUCCUAUCCAAAAUCGACAGGUGCAGGUCGGAAAUUCUCCAUUAUACAAGGUAGAGAGAAUGUUGGGUGCAGGAGGUUUUGGGCUGGUCUACAUUGGACGAAGGGUGGCUGGUGGAUCUCAGGGCGAUGGGCCCAAUGCCUUUAAGGUUUAGUUUCAACCUCCCAUCACUCCUGCCAAGGGAAUCUUUAAAUACUGCUGUUUUAUGUUGUCUCUUUCAUUUUCCUGCGGUGGGUGUAGGUAGCACUGAAGUUUGAGCAUAGAAAUAGCACGGGUUGCAGAUUUGGCCCCCCAUAUGAAUGGCAAGUUUAUGAGUAAGAAGACACCCCCUACUGCUCUAAUUUAUUACGUAUUGUGUCGAUCUAAAACUACGUUCUUCAUCUGACUUUGUGAAUAUGGUUUUAGCCAUCUCAAGGGAUGCUAUGGAUUGCCUAGGGUGCACUACAAGGGCCGCCAAGGAGAUUAUUUCGUCAUGGUUGGCGUAGAGUCUUUCAUUUUAUUGUUUCCUCGAAUUAUGUUUUUUAUUGAAAGCUAAUUAUGAUAUUGUUGAUGAUGAUUGCUGCAGAUCAUGGACAUCCUUGGACCAAGUCUCCUGGAUGUGUUCAUAUCCAUUGGGCAAGUGUAAGAAAAUAAUCUUGACUUCAUAUUCAAAGUCAAUAUUCUGUUGAGAAUUGUGCUAUUGAGUUUGACUAACUCCUUGGACAGAAUGCCACCAAAUAUGGUGGCUUGUAUUGCUGUGGAGGCAAUAUCCAUCCUUGAGAAGCUACACCAAAAAGGGUACGUAUGGCUUUGUGGCAGUGUGAUAUUUUUUCAAUUAAAUUUUUGCAAAGGUCACAGUAAUCAAUUCAUUGCUCCCUUGUGCACUCCCCUCCCUCCCUCCACCCACACAAAAAAAAAAACAUGCCAGGUUUGUGCAUGGAGACGUCAAGCCAGAGAAUUUAUUGUUGGGUAAACCCGGAAGCUCAGGGGAGAAGAAGCUUUUUCUCAUCGACUUUGGGCUGGGUAUGUUGCUGCAUUCCAAUCACUUCUUGUUUUCACCUUUCGCACCUAUUGAUUUUAGAGUAGGGUUUGUUUUUCCAAGUAUAUAAACAAAUUCGUCUUGACUGAGAAGUCCCUGUCUGUAUCAACAUCAGUGAUAUUUUUGUGCUUUGUUCAGAGCCUGUACAAAUGCUAAUUGGUGUCAUUAAUAUUUUAAUCAGCUUCAAUGUGGAGGGACAGUUUGUCAGGCCAGCAUGUCAGCUUAUGCCAACAGCCAGAUAAUUUCAGGUUUUUUGGGAAACGAUAUUCUAUUUUUUCCCUAAAUUCUUAGCUAAGAGGAGGAUUCAUAAAAUCUUACCCCUACCUUACUAUCUAUCUCAUGUUCCCUAGGGGCACAACACGAUAUGCAAGCGUCCAUGCACAUUUAGGCCUCACAGCGAGUAGAAGAGAUGAUCUUGAGUCAUUGGCCUACACUCUGAUUUUUUUGAUUAAAGGAAGGCUGCCGUGGGAAGGCUAUCAGGUUUGCUUUCACCUCUACUUGUACAUGUUCUCCCAUCUCUUUGAUUGAUCACUUGCUGAUUCUUAUGCCAACUAUGUAGGGGAAUGACAAGAGGUUUCUAGUCUUCAUGAACAAGACUGUAACCUCCCCCGAGACGCUGUGUGGUGGCUGUCCCCCUCCUUUUGCACAAUUCCUUGAAGCAGUGAAGAAGAUACAAUUUGUUGAGCAGCCCACCUACUCGAAGCUCAUUUCUCUUUUUGGAAGCUUGAUAUGCCCCCCCUGCACCCUGUUAAAGACCAUUCGGAUUGAUGCAAUUUUGAAGGUGGUUGCAAACAUGACAUCACUAAAAUUACCUCACAUAUUUUUAUUUUAUGUCAGAUGGUUUUAUCUCUUUUUCAUGGCUCUAUCAUCUGUUGUUAAAUAGGCUGACCAUGUUUCCAACAGGUUCACCAAAAACGUGGAAGAUUGCAGGUAAAUAAUGAAGAAGAUGAGUGUCAUAGAAAGAAACGGAUAAAAUGUUUGAUUGAUGACAGACCAUGACCAUGUACAUGUAAGAAUAUAAAUAAAAUCUGUAAAGUGCCAAUUGAGAAAACAUAAAUCUCAUGACUAAAUUAUUUAUUAUUAUUGUUAUUAUUUAUUCAUAAAGAAAACGAUAGUUUAAAAGCCUCAUAUUAAGGGCAUGAAUAUAAUACUUUUUUAAUGUAAUCAUAGCUAUUGAUAAAGGUGUGUAAUUAAUAUUUAUGCAAAAACAGAAACUAUAUCAAUCAAUGAUAAUAAUACAAGACAAUCAUUUAGAGGGCGUGAGUAUAAGUAGAUAUUUAUAUCAUAGUUACUCUUGCUAGGAAUAUGUAUCAUUUAUUGCCAACAUUUAAACUUUAGAAAUGUUUUGUACCUACUAUCUAUUCACCUUAGAAAUGGCACCACUUUGGACGUAACCUAUUGAGUACAGGAAUAUAAUAUGUUUAAGUACAUUCACACUUACAAAUUAUCAGAAAUAAUUAUUAGACCGAUAAAUGUAAAUUUUAUGCAUAAAUAAUGAAUAUUACUUUUUUAUAAGAAAGCUGGCACAUAAAAAUACAGUAUUAAAGGGAAGAAAUCUAAUAUUAUUUCAUACAAUCAUAAUGAUUAGUUGCAAUGAAUAAUUACUAUAGUUUACCAAAAUGAAAAUUUUAUCAGUAAAUAAAUGAACACUACAAGUAUUGGAUUAAAUGGCACGAAUUUGAUAGUUUAGGUUAUAUUUAUAAUUACUAAUCACUAUGAUUAAAAUUAUUUAUUAGAAUAUGUAAAGUUAUGAAGAAAUAAGAAUUAUGUAUUGGAAGCUUAUGUGUCCACCAAAGGACACACAUCCACCCCAUAAUGUGUUUAGAACCACAUGUAGUCCAAAACUGAAAGUAAUGUAAUGUCGUAAUUGGUUCCCAUCAUAGUAAAAGUAUGAUUUCUUUAGUGAUGAUCUAAAAAUUAAGAAGCAUCUAGAUUCAUAGAAGAUUGGGUAUAUAAAGAGGAGUUUGAAAUAAAAGUCGCAUAGUUAUGCUUUGUAAUGUUUUCAAUUUGAAAAGCAUAUCUUGACAAAGUUAAAUCUUAUAUGAUUCACAUGAAUGAAUGUCAUCGUAUAUACUUUUUAUACAUUGCACCCUCUAGAUGUUUUCCUAAACUUGAAGAAAAAUGUACCCAUCGUCAAAUCUUGAUUCAUUCUAUUGAUGAGUGGAAAAUAAAUUUCUUGUCUAAACUAAGACUUUAAGCAUAAGUAGGAAGUUAUUGUAUUAACAAGUGUGCCGACCAUCACAUUUAUAAGGAUAAUGAAUUAAUCAUGGAAAGUAUUUAUUGAAACAAAUUAUUAUCUAUUUUGACUGUAGUCUAAUGUACAAUUGUAAUUAAGAGUUACAUAAUUCUAUAUGAGACCCCUAUUAAAUGUUUUUGAGCCAAAUCUAUAUUGUAUAUAAAUAGUUUUACACAUAUAAAAUAAGGUUUUUUUCUUUUUAAGAGCACAUGUAUAAUAUUUUCAAGUAAAUUGAUAAUAUUUUCAAGUAUAAUAUUUUUACCUUUAUUAUUUGUUAAUAUAAUGUCUUUUUUUGUCAUAAUAGGAAACCAUUGAUACAUUUUCAUUAUCAUGAGUUAAUAAUUAGUAAAUAAUAUAUUUUUAACCUUAACUCAUGACAAAUAGACUUAUAUUUCUGUUAAAUUAUGAAAAAUAGUUUUCAAUCGGUUAAUAUGAUUGUUUUAGCUAAUUAGGUAAUUGUCUAUGCAUUUAUAUAAUUUUUAUAGUCCUAUUUUUGAGAUAAAUCAAGAAAAAGAAAUGAAAAUAAAAAUAUAGCAAAAAGAGCGGACUUGUUAGCCAACUGGCCCUGCAAGCAGGUCAGAAGCGUAGUCAAGGGGAGCCACGAGUAGGGGCUCGGGUGUCUAGGACUAAUGGGGGCAUGUGUGUGCCACUCCCCUUCUACUUGAUUAGUGGCCAACUAGGUUUGAGGUAAGGAGUGGUCUUACAUGUGAGAGAAAAGUACUCAUUACUUGUUGACAUGAGUCAAUCGUUGUAUAUUAAAUCACGCAAAUCUAAAAUUUAUAAAACUAGAAAAUACAAAUUUUUAGAUAUUUAGAAGUAUUUCUAAAUAAAUAUAUCAAUUAUAAUUCAAUAAGACUUCCAAAAAUAGCGAUCAUUUUCCAAGUCGAGCAUAGAGAUAUAAUAUAAUAUGUGGUAAGUAUUCAUAAUUUUUCUCAAUGAAUAUGAUUUUCUAUGAAUUUUAUACUAGGAAAUAAAAAGGAAAUAUAUUUAAAAUUCACAAAAAAGGAAAAUAAGGGUGCGGAUGUCAAGAUGACAUCAGUGCCUGGCAAACACGAAUUAGGUAGAAAUAGAGUUCCGUCCGACAAUUCUUAUGUAAGUGAUUAUAUACGAUUUAAUUAAUCAAAUUAAGAUUUAUUAAAGUCAGAAGAAUCGUAAUAGAAUGAAGUAUAUUUUGGUAAAUUAAAAUCACAAAAAUUAUCACUAAUUUUUAAUGAAACAUAAAGUAAGUUGAAAGUAGGAAAAUAGAGUUCCGGUGUCGUGAUGGUGAUGUGUCGACGAUGCACUAGAAUCCUGAGUAUUUGGGAGGAUCGCCGUGUAGUGUCCACAACCUCAAAAGCUCUCCUUAGACAAAGAUGACGUGGGUCUAAAGACUUCCUUGCGAACUCUAAAGAUCAAUGAAGUGGGUCGUUGAAUCGUCUCCAGCGGCUGUCACCCGGUAGAGCAGAAAAAUGACGACUUUGUGGCUCUUUGGCGGCUGUCACCCAACGGAGAGGAGCUGGAUGGCGGUGGGGCACGAGUCAAGGAGCUUCAUCCUCCAGUCUAUGCAGCAAGAGGAGGCUCUUCAUCGCAUUUGGUAUGCUCUUAGGAGGUGGCGACUCGUCUCCCGGCAGAUCAUCCUCUUCCCGACAAUAGCUUGUUCGUCGAUCAAUCGGAGAUGCUUUACUCGAUGGAUUCAUGAUCUUUUUAUGACGAAUUGUUCAGUAAUUUUAGUAAUAAUGCUCCGCGAAUCAUGUUGACGAGAUUUUUGCCAAUGAUCUAGCAAUUCUGGUUGCUUAAUCCUUCAUCCACGAUCUACAGGAAAGUCAUGAUAAUCAGAUAAAAAAAAUAUGAGUUUUGACUCUAGUAGGAUUCGAACCUAUGUUGGUUGCUUGCCCUCCUUCUGAGGAAGAUGUGACGUGGGUUUAGUCUCACAUCGGUUCUGUGCCAAAUUUAUGAGCGAAUAUAUAGUAAUGUUAGAUUUCUAAGCAAAGUCUCUUCUCUCACAUAUACAACCACUCCUUACCUCAUAGUUAGCUGACCACAGUGACAUGGAAGGAAAGUGGCACACACAUGCCCCUAUCUAUCCAAGCCACUCGAGCCCUUACUCGCGGCUACUCCCCAACAACGCUUUCAACCUGCUUGUGGGCCUGGUUGACUGGCGGGUCCCCCUCAUUUUGUCUUAGUUUUAUUUUUUUAUUUCUUUUUCAUCAUUUAUCUCAAAAGUAAAACUAUAAAAAUCAUAUAAUUUUGUGUAAAAUCAUAUAAUUACCUAAAAAUUCAUAUUAAUCAAUUGAAAACCACUUUUCACACUUUAACGUAAAUAUAAGUCUAUUUAUUAUGAGUUAAGGCUAAAACUAUGUUAUUUACUAAUUAUUAACUCAUGAUAGUGAAGACUUAUCACUUGUAAAUGUGAUAUUACUAUAUAUUCGCCUAAAACUUUGGUGCACAAGCGAUGUGGGACUAAACCCACAUCACACCUUCCCUUGAAAGGCUUUGAAGAUUUUAAUACCUAAAUUACUCCUUAGUUAUAAUAGAGAUAUACUAUGACGACGUCACGUGAUAAGGGCAUUGGAGUACUUAUUGCAAUCUCUCUCAUGUAGGCGGGCAAUCAGCACGAGUUUGAAUCCUCCUAGCGCCCAAUAAAGGAUUAUCUCGACUUUCUUGUAGAUUACCAAUAAAAGAUUAAGCCACUAAAAUUGUUAGAUCAUUGGCAAAAAACUUGUCAAUGCAAUUCACAAUCUGCCAAGAGAUGAGUUGCCACCUUUUGAGAGCAUAUUGAAUGUGAUUAAGAGCCUCCUCUUGCUAUAGAAACCUGAGGAUGAAGCUCCUUAACACGCGCCCCACCUCCAUCUAGCUCUUUUCCGCUAGGUGACUGAUAAGUCUUCAUUAUCAUGAGUUAAUAAUUAGUAAAUAAUAUAGUUUUAGCCUUAGCUCAUGAUAAAUAGACUUAUAUUUGUGUUAAAGAAUGAUUUUUGGUUUUCAAUUGAUUAACGUGAAUUUUUGGGUAAUUAUGUGAUUUUAUACAAUUUUUAUAGUCUUACUUUUGAGAUAAAUGAAGAACAAGAAAUAAAAAUAAAAAUAUUGUAAAAAUGGGGGGACCCGCCAGCCAGCCGUGCCCCCAAGUGGGCCGGAAGCACAGUCGGGGAGUAAGCCGUGAGCAGGGGCUUGAGCGGCUUGGUUUGGGGACGGAUCGACAGGGCAUGCGUACGCCACUCCCCUUCCACGUCACCGGUGGCCAGCCGGCUGUGGGGCAAGGAGUGGUCAUACACGCGAGAGAAGGGACUUUGCUCACAAAGCUAACAUUACUAUAUAUUCGCCCGAAGAAUCGGCGUACAACCGAUGUGGGACUAAACUCGCGUCACACCUUCUUCAGGCAGGGCGACCGGCGCGGGUUCGAAUCCUCCCAGAGUCAAAAUUCAUAUAUUUUUAUCUGAUUAUCGCGACUUUCCUGCAGAUCGCCAGUGAAGGAUUAAGCAACGAGAAUCGCUGAAUCAUCGGCAAAAAUCUCGUCAACGCGAUUCGCGGAGCAUUGCUACUAAAAUUGUUGAACGAUUCGCGAUAAAAGGAUCGCGAAUCCAUCGAGUAAAUCAUCUCCGAUUGAUCGACGAACAAGCCGUCGUCGGGAAGAGGACGAUCCGCCGGGAGACCAGUCGCCACCUCCUGAGAGCGUACCAGAUGCGAUGAAGAGCCUCCUCUUGCUGCGCGGACCUGAGGAUGAAGCUCCCUAACACGCGCCCCACCUCCAUCCAGCUCCUCUCCGUCGGGUGACAGCCGCCGGAGAGCCGCAAAGUCGCCGUUUUUCCGCUCCGCCGGGUGACAGCCGCCGGAGACGAUUCGACGACCCACUUCAUUGAUCUCUAGACUUCGCGAGAAGAUCUAGAGAUUGCCCACGUCGUCUUUGUCCAAGGAGAGCCUUCGAGGCCGUGGACACUACACGACGAUCCUCCCGAAUGCUCAGGAUUCCGGUGCAUCGCCGACGCAUUGCCGUCGCGACGCCGGAACUCUAUUUUCCUGCUUUCAAUUUAAUUUAUGCUUCAUUUAG